CAUUAAUACGAGGGCGAAACGAAAAGACAAGAGCAGUAGAGCACGGAGCACCCUCCGCUGCUCGGCUCCAGGAUACCAUUCCGCCCAUAAACUACUGCACGGCACCGGGGUGGUGGUAGGCCGCGGCAGCGGCGGCGACAGAAUAAAAGCAGCAGCAGAGGCGAGAGGCGAGAGGCACUCCACUACCCCAGUGUCCAAGUCUAACCCGAGCGAGCAAGCAAACCCCACGCAUUCAUUCUCUUCUCCCUUUCAACAGCCAAGGCAGGCAAGCUAGCCGAGCAAGAGGCGUGCACGGCGACAUCUCGGGCCACCCAACCCAAGCUUAUCAAACCUAGCUCCCUGGGCAAGGCUGCGGUGAACCUGCCGAGAGGGUAGCUGGCAGCUUGGCGUGAGAGGCUUGCUCGUGUAUAAGUCGCCGCCUCCGGUGAGCUAGCCCGGCCGGCCAUGUCGGUCUCCUCCACGCUGUCGUCCUUCCUGCUGUGCUGCUUCUACCCCUCCGGCGGCCACCGCCACGGCCACCGCGCCGGCGCCUACUACUACAGCAGCCACCCGACGAGCACCAACACCCUCUACUACAACGAGGGGGGCCCCUUCGCCGGCCGCAGGAUGGGCCGGAGCAGGCCGCUCUCCCUGCAGACCGUGGAGCUGAAGGUUCGGAUGUGCUGCUCCGGUUGCGAGCGCGUGGUGAAGCACGCGCUGACGAAGCUGCGUGGCGUGGACACGGUGGAGGUGGAGGUGGAGAUGGAGAAGGUGACGGUGACGGGGUACGUGGACCGGCACCGGGUGCUCAAGGAGGUGCGCCGCGCGGGGAAGAAGGCCGAGUUCUGGCCCAACCCGGACCUGCCGCUGCACUUCACGUCCGCCAAGGACUACUUCCACGACGAGGAGUCGUACCGCCGCACCUACAACUACUACCGCCACGGCUACAACGGCGACAAGCACGGCAACCUCCCGGAGCCCCAGCGCGGCGCCGACCCCGUCGCCAACAUGUUCAACGACGACGACGUCAACGCCUGCUCCAUCAUGUAAUCAAGACUCAAGGGAGAUGCCGUGGCGGCAAUGGCCAAUGGUACGGUGUGCCUCGUCGGCAAGAAUCAACGAUCGAUCCAGCGUGUGCGUGGAGACCGCAGCGACGAGCUGGGAGACCGGUCACUCGGUCAGUGUGAUCAUUGCGAUGUAUGCCGGCCCGGCGUGUCGUAGUAGUAGCAGGUCAAGUCGGAAAUCAGUGUAUUUGUGCUCAUCAGCUAGCUCAUGCAUGUAACAAAUGGAUGGAGAUGGGCGCAAGUUGCAAUAUGGAAUGAGUAGCGGUUCCCUUUACAGGUUA